CCCCAGAUCAGUCCUAAUCGAGUAAACCUAUGAUUAAAGGCAUACCGUCCAUGACUGUCUUUUUACAUCAGGCAUUACGUUAUCUUCUAUGUAUUUGUCUGUUUUAAGACAAUAAUGUGUGAUUCGAACGAGAUGUGACUGCUAUUUCUAGCAGGAAGAGUUCUCAACCUUGUCCGAACAAACCGAUGAUCACAAACAUUCUAAUCGUGACUGUCCCACUUUUUUUCUUUCACUUUUCAACCUUAGUGUAUAUAUGUAUCUAAAUGCAUACUAUCUAAUGUGCUCUUUCUUGUUUUAAGACAGUAGUGCAUAAUUAGAAAGAAAUAAUAAUUUGGUUGUUAGUUCUAGCAAGUCUGACAACCAGCUGUGAAGCCGCCUCCACCACCCGGCUGUGACAAGCUGCGCGCGCAAAUAUAGUUUUCAACCAUUGAAAGUGUUUGACACGACGUUUGAAAAAAAAAAAAGCAACGAACUUGACGUCUGCUUAUUUUACUAUAAUUCUCAAUGUCUCCAUAAUGUUAUGGAAUAUUUAACGAAAGGGAUUAAGGCUGCCAAAUAGCCAUGUUGACUUCCUGUUCUUAAAAGGUUGGUGAAUGACGGAAUCAGCAAAAUGAAAUGAUAUGAAAAUGACAGAAAUAGAAACGUAUUUCUUCUUCCAUUACAAGUAAUUGUCUGUCACUUGAAUCAUUCUAAGAUGUCAGUGUCAAAGACUGGACAAACAGGACAACGCUUCCUUGGUCGUUUUGCUGUUAGUAACACAUGCAGAUCUCUUCACAGGAAAACUUCACGAAUUACAAAGACACACAGAAAACAAAAACGGAAAAGCAUGGAGAACAUUCAGAAAAAUGAUUCAAAGUCGGGUAAACUAAUACAUGAAUUUACUAAUGUGAAGAGAUCAUCUGCCUGUACUUUACCCAGUCAAGAUAUUUGUAAUGUUGGGCCAACCACUCUAACAAGAUGUCCUCUUUCAUCUGAGAAAACAUGCCGGGUUCAAGAUGAAGAUUCACCACUUAAAAAUCCCAAUGAAGGUUCAUUUAUUAGUCUUCAGAAUUUGGAAGUACACCAAAACACAACCAAUGUUGGAAAUAGCAAACUAUUGCUCUCGAGCUGGAAUUUGCCUGAACCUAUAUUACAACAAUAUCAUAUACUUGGAAUACGUGAAAUGUUUCAAUGGCAAGCAGAGUGUCUCUCAACUGGACAAACUCUGAAUGGUGGUAAUCUGGUGUUUUCAGCGCCGACAAGUGCUGGUAAAACUAUGGUUGCUGAAUUGCUAAUAUUUAAGCGGGUUUUAGAAACAAAGAAAAAAGCCAUAAUGAUUCUGCCUUUUGUGUCUGUGGCUCAUGAAAAAGUCCAGUAUUUCAAGUUUUUAUGUGAUGAAGUUGGUAUCCGUGUUGGUGGUUUCCUUGGCAGCCAGACUCCUAGAGGUGGUUUUAAAAAUGUUGAUAUUGCUGUGUGUACAAUAGAAAAGGGCAAUAGUCUCGUUAACCGUUUACUAGAAGAUAAACAACUUGACCAGCUUGGUGUUAUAGUGGUUGAUGAACUGCAUAUGAUCGGAGAUUCACAUCGAGGAUAUUUACUUGAACUGAUGCUCACUAAGAUAUUGUUUGCCUCUAAACAAAAUAAUUCUAACAAGAGUAACAGAGUCAAAGACGCACCAAAUAAAAAUGUCCAAGUGCAGAUUAUUGGUAUGAGUGCCACUUUACCAAACCUUCAUGUCAUAGCAAAAUGGCUUGAUGCCGCUUUAUACACAACUAACUUCCGACCAGUGCCUCUUACGGAAUGUAUCAAAAUUGGUCAAACGCUUUUUAACUCUGAAAUGGUGAAGUUACAUGAGCUAAAUAUUAACACCAAGCUGAAAGAUGAUGCUGACCAUAUUGCUUCUCUCUGUCUGGAAACGGUCUCUUGUGGUCAUAGCGUCCUUAUAUUCUGUCCAACAAAACUGUGGUGUGAAAAGUUGGCUGAUAAUAUUGCCAGAGAAUUCUAUCAUAUCCUGCGACAAAAGUCUGUUGACCAAGAAGAGAAAGUCACCACCUCUUUCCUGCCCAUUGACAAAGAAGCAACUCAUGACAUCAAAGUUCAGCUCGAGAGAAGUCCUGCUGGUUUGGAUUUCGUUUUAGGAAAAACUGUUCAAUGUGGAGUAGCUUUUCAUCAUGCAGGCCUUACAUUUGAUGAGAGAGAAAUUAUAGAGUCAGCUUUUCGUGUUGGAAUACUGAAGGUUUUGGUUGCUACAUCAACCUUGUCUUCUGGUGUCAACUUACCUGCACGGCGAGUUAUAAUACGAAGUCUUUUGUUUUAUGGGCAAGUCAUUGAUGCAAGGACGUACAAGCAAAUGGUUGGAAGAGCUGGACGUAAAGGUGUUGAUACAGAAGGUGAGAGCAUUCUUAUAUGUAAAGUUAACGAGAAGGCCCGUGCUUAUGAAUUGCUCAAUGCUGCCCUACCUCCUAUUAAAAGUUCUUUUAUGAAAUGUUUACAAGAUGGACCGACGGCAUCUUUGAAAAGAGCAAUUUUGGAAAUAAUUGUGAGUGGUGCUGCUAUUAGUGUGUCAGAUGUUUCCCUCUAUACAUCCUGCACACUUCUUUCUGCAUCUGUCGAAGAUGAAGAAAGAAGAGGAAACAAUGUUAGUCUGGUCUCGGAAUGUAUCGACUUUCUUAAAGAAAAUGAAUUUAUUUCUAUCCGGAACAUCACAAAGGAAGAUUCUGAUUGUGCAGAAACAACUGAAUCUUGUUUUUUCCCAACAAAGCUUGGUUCUGCUGUGUUAGCAUCAGCCCUCUCUCCUGAAGAAGGCCUUCAUGUAUUCACUGAACUGCAGAGAGCACGAAGAUGUUUUGUCCUUGAGAGUGAACUUCACAUCCUUUACUUGGUGACUCCUAUUUACAAUCAAGAUAUAGCUGCUAACCUCGACUGGUAUAACUACUACUGUCUGUGGGAGAAACUAGACCCGGGUCAGCACCGUGUGGCUGAACUAGUUGGAGUGGAAGAAGGUUUUAUUGCAAAAGCUAUCAGAGGUUACAUCCCGGUGAAAACUUCCAAACAACUACGUACAUUGAAUAUCCACAAGAGAUUCUACACCUGCCUAUGUCUGAAUGAUCUAGUACAAGAGAUGCCACUCAGUGAAGUUGCUAAGAAAUACACUUGCAGCAAGGGGCAACUCCAGUCACUCCAGCAAUCAGCUGGUACAUUUGCUGGGAUGGUCACAGUAUUCUGUGCUCGCUUAGGAUGGACUAUGCUUGAAGUUCUUCUCUCCCAGUUUCACAGUCGUCUGACAUUUGGUAUCCAACCAGAACUAUGCGACUUAGUGCGUAUUUCACUAUUGAAUGGCCAACAAGCUAGAUUACUGUUUUCUGCUGGUUAUACUUCGAUUGCUGAUCUUGCCACAGCUGAUGCCACCCAACUUGAAUUUGUUCUUCACACUGGAACCCAAUUCCAAAGUAAUAAACAGACCGAAGAUGAAACAGAAUGGGAGGCUUUGAAGAGAUUACGUAAAAGUCGUUGUAUUUGGUUACAUGGCUGUCAAGGCAUGACUGCACAAGAAGCAGCAUUAAGAAUUAUCAAAGAAGCUAAACAUAUCAUUGAAGAUGGUCUUGGUGGAGUUGAACUGAAGUGGACUGAGUCUGCAUCAGUGCCUCAGGUCUCUGGCUUAGCACAGACAAUCACGCAUUUCAGAAAUGAGCCAAAUGCUUAUAAUCUAGAAAUGAAUCCUAAUUCUAAUUUACCUGAAAACCCUCAUUUAACGAAAAUUGGGAAUCACUUGGUAGAUGGUAAUAAUCAAUCAGUCACUAAUCUUUCAGUUAGUAACAGUCAUUCUGGUGCUGAUUUUUCUACUUCGACAAUCAACUCUUCAACAAACAUAUUAGGGAAAACAAUUUUAGAUUUACAAGAGAAGCAAUGUUCUGAAAAUCUUAAUUCUUCUCAAGAACCUAUUCAAAACAUUACCACAGCAAAUCACUUAUCGAGCACUACUUGCAAAUCUACAAUAUCCAAGCCUGAAGACUUGGUUCAUUCUAAUGCAAGAACUAUUUUCCCAGUCAAUAGUAAUAAUAUAUCUGAACCAGACCGCACAAAGAACAAGGACAAAGUUUUUUCAAAUGUUGAUGAUAUGGGAAGAGACAAGAACCAUCAAUUGAAUUCUUCUGAGACGAAACUCUUGCUUCUCAGAUCAAGUAGCAGUAAUAAAAACAGAACAGAAAACUUAGAAAGGUUUUCCCAAAAUAUGACUGAGGUUCAGGAGAAUGUAUGUGAGCCAUUACUAACUUCUAAUAGAGGAGAAUUUCAUGAUCAACUGAAAACUGUAAGUAGAGAGUCACAUGUGGAAUCCAGUGGUAAAUCUAAUCAAAACAAUCCAGAGAAUUCAACCGAUGUUGAUUUCUGUGGAGAUAUAUCGAAUUUAGAUAUUUUUGUUGACAGUUUUGAACUGGACACCCAGAUGCUUCUAAUUGCUGAGAAAAAUGUUAAUGAGCCAAAACAAAAAGUGACUAGUAAUCAAGAAACUUCUCCACUUCUUUUUGCUGAAAAUAAACAUCCCGAAACUAGAGCCAGAGUUCAAGGAGAUAAAUGUAUUCAUUUUGGAAAGCAAUCAUCAUUAAUGUCUGAAGAUGCUAAAGAAGUAUUUGAAAAUUCUUGUUUCACAGUUCAAGAUAAAGAAAAAUCACCGAAUUUGGAAAUAUUUCAGACUUCCAACAGCACCUUUGAAGUAUCAUAUGAACCCAGUUUAUUGUUACCUGCUAGCUGUCAUGAGAGGAUUGCGUACAAUGAAAAUCUGAGUUUUCAUAAUUCUUCAGUUGAGGAAAAUGAUUUAUUUCAGUCUUUUGAAGAGAAUGAGGCAAAAAACACAUGUUCAUUUGAUAGUAACAGAUCUGCCAAGGACUAUGAAACAAAUAAGUAUAUAAACCAAUCUAAUGAAGACCUAUUUACACCUUUGCCUGUUGAUGUUUUCGAGAAUCAAAAUUGUUCUGAUAAAACUGAAGAUGUAUUUGGUGAAUCUCUUACUGCAACUUUGAUAGAAAAAAUUCUUCCAGCCGAAACAAAGAAUGCUUUUGGAAAGAAUUAUCAUUCUGAAAUUAUAAAAGUAAACGGUAUAAAUAGUAAUGCUUCUGCUAAUGCAUUAGAAUCUCAAAAAAAUGUUACAAGUAGACAGUGUCGCAGGAAUUUAGAUGAGUCUAUGAUUUCCAUUAAAAAACGCAAAAGAAACUCUUCUAACUCCGAAACAAGUUUCUCUGAGGAUAAAAGUGAGGAAGUCAGUCUUAUGAAUUAUGAUAACAGCAACAAUGAUUUUAUUCCAUCAACACCUCCAGAUCUUUUUUCUUUAUCUCUUGAUCUUUCUACCGUUAGUACUCCAACUCUUUUUCGUAAUAAAGGUUCUAAAACUAUGGAGGUUAGUUCAUCUUCAGUAUUAAAUAAAAAAAAUAAUAAUGAGAAAACUGGCCAAGUUUACUCUACAACAAACUCUUCUGCUACAAAAAGUUUGCAUUCAAAGAAAACUAUGAAUGCAGGCUGUCAUUCUGAUACAGCUUUAACAACAACAGACCAAUUUACUGAAUGCUUAAAAAAAUCCAAUAUGAACUCUGAUUGUUUAAAGCCUACAGAAGUUGAUGGAAUUGAAAACCUAGAAGUUUUAGAUAUUGAUCAACAGGCAAAUAAUAAAGUGGUCCCCUUGUGUGAUGCUAGCCAACCAUGCUCUCAAGCAGAAUUUACCAUUAUUGAUGUUUGUUCCAGUCACAGUCUAUUUGAUACUUUUAUAGCUGAAUGGCUUACCAAACAAAAAUACGCACUAUCAAUUGGUUGUGAAAAUCUACCACCACUAGAUGCUGACGCAGGAAUUGGGGCAAAUUUUAUGCAAGGAGUCCCAUUGAAAUAUUUGAAUGAUAAGAAUACUCUAAAGUUUGAAGGUUCACUUGUGGCUGGUUUUGCUGUAUGCUGGAACAAACACGAUGCUUAUUAUGUAGCCUUAACAAAAGACAACUCAAUAGAUGAACCUGAUGACACUCUUGCUCCACCACCAAUUGACGCAACCAUUAGCAUCGAUGAGAGACUCCAGGCACUUAGAAAGAUUUUUACUGCACACAGUCGUAGUGAUAUAAAAAUUGUAGCAUUUGAUGCAAAGGCAACUUACCGUGCUGUAACCACUACUAUCUCUGUGGCACCCAGAUAUACCUUCAUGGACCCGAAAAUUGCUAGUUGGUUGUUAGACCCUGGUGCAAAAGAGUCUAACUUUCACCAACUAAUCUUCUCCUAUCUGCCAUCAGUAAAGCAUAUUCUUGAUGAUAUCGGUGGAAGUCAUGGUCAUGGUAGUUUAGGAUUGACCCCAACAAAUACCAGCUGUGGGAGACGACGUUGCACUACUGAAGCUGUCUUGAUAUGGCAUUUAAUGAAACAUCUUGAAGAAGCUUUGACAGAAGAACAGUUGUAUGAACCAUUUAUUAAUGUUGAGAUGCCUCUCAUUAAUACAAUUAGUCGAAUGGAGCUGAAUGGAUUUGGAUUCAGCACUGAAGAGAGUGAAGUUCAGAAGAAUAUCCUGCAAGCCAAAGUCAGCGCUCUCGAAGAAGAAGCUUACAGUCUGUCUGGUCAUCCAUUCAGUUUGUCAUCAACAGAUGAUAUUUCAAAGGUUCUGUAUCUUGAACUACAACUACCUGUAAAUGGUAACCCAAAUACUGCUGGUUCAAAAGUACCUUAUAAAACUCUGGGACCAAAAAGAAGGCAUGCAGGUUUUAAAUCUCAUUUCAGCACUUCCAAACAAAUCCUUGAAAAGCUCAAAGUGUAUCAUGGAUUGCCAAGUGUGAUCGUAGAAUGGCGUCAAAUUACAAACUCACUCACGAAAGUUGUAUUUCCGCUAUUAAAAGCUAAGGUACACUUAGCCAAAAUGAACAUGUAUCGGAUAUUCAGUAUUUGCCAGCUUCACACAGCAACUGGACGCAUUAGUAUGUUUGACCCAAAUCUUCAGAACAUUCCCAAAGAUUUUCAAAUUGAUCUGCCAGAUGUAAUAAAGGAAACUCCUGUCCCUGUUCCUGAUUCAAGAAAAUCAAAAUAUCGUCAUUGUAAGCGACAGACGAAAUCCAAUUGUGGUCAGUCUUUUGCUGUCAGCAUGAGAAAUGCUUUUGUUCCUUUUGAAGUAUCUUGUUUUGCUUUAUAUGACGCAGUGGUUCUCAACCUGUUUUUACCCAUGGGGCGCUUUGAUUCCUAUUUUACUCAUUAUGGCAUUGGCGCCAAGGCUUUGGGUGAAGCAUUAAAUGUAGAGGAAAAUGAUGCUACAGUCUUCAUGGAAACAUUCAAAUCUAAAUACCCUGGUAUGAAAUCUUACAUUCAAAAUACUGUAAAACAGUGCAGACAAGAUGGCUAUGUAAAAACAAUUACUGGCAGAAAACGCUAUUUACCCAAUAUAAGCAGUUCUAAUUCAUACUCUAAACUUCAGGUUAGUAAUUUUAUUGUGGGGUUGCCUUUGGUUAUCCCAAUGUGGAUGGUUUCAACCUUUUCUCUCCAAUUCAACAAUUCUGAAACAAACGUAAUUAUGAUUUUUUUUUCCUCAUGUACUUUAGAUGGAGAAAUUCUCUUGAAAUGCCGCCGUUCUCCAAGAAAUCAGAGGCCGUGCAGCUUUCUGAACCAACCAUCAGGAGCUUAUCUUUUACUGCAGAUCCAUGAUGAAUUAAUUUAUGAAGUUGGUUUGUAUGACUUGAGGAGAGCAGCCACUAUUAUUCAGACACAGAUGGAGUCAGCAAUGAAAUUAUCUGUCCGGUUACCGGUCAAACUUAAAAGUGGGCCAAGUUGGGGAAAACUCGAUGAAUAUAUACUGUGAUAUUUAAUUUUAAAAAUAGCAAAUUUUAAUAGUAUCAUAUAUAUACAUAUAUAUAUAUGUAUAUAUAUAUAUUAUUGACUGCGCAUACUCAAUGUAUGUGUUUUACUUGUUCUCUAGUUCACCUGUCUAUGACUUUCAGGUGUUUUAACACCAAGUGCUAUGAGAGAGCCGUCACUAGAGCGCUGUACCACAGUGGACCAGUGAACAAGCAAUGCACAUACAUUGAGUAUGUGCAGUUGAUAAUGUUUACAACAUUAGCAUUGCUUUUAAUUCAUAAAUGAAUUUAUACAUACCUACAUACAAAUGUAUAUAUUUAUAUAUAUCACUCAUAUUUUUUUUACCUUAUUACAUUUAAAAAGAUGAUAGUAUUCUUACUCAAACAAGCACUGAAUGAAUUU